AUGGUCGACGCGGAGGGUAACCGGCUGGAUCGCAAGAGCUCCUCCGCUGUAGAGUCUCUGCUCGCCACCGAGAUGCUCACUGAACUCAGCUAUCGACUGCCACCCACCAUUGCGCUGCGCAAAUGGCAAGUCUUGUUCGACACAAGACUCCACGGUGUCAGCAUGCAAACCUUGUUCUUGCGAACCAAGGGCCACGUACCGGCACUCAUCGCUAUCCUCAACUCCCAUGAUUACAUUUUCGGCGGCUACAGUCCCGACGGCUUUAAGGAAUCCAGACAUUUCUACGGAUCUGGAGAAUCGUUUGUCUAUUCUUUUGGACACAUAUCCAGCAACCCCGGACAAAUCAAAACCUACCACUGGACCGGGAAAAACGACUUGUUUAUAUACACUAAUCAUGAUCGGAUCAUAUUCGGCUCCGGCGGCAGCUGGGCAUUCGCUAUCGACAGCAAUCUUUACAGCGGUACCGCAGGCUGCUGCGCUACGUACGACAACUCCCUUCUUACCGCUACGGAAGACUGGACCAAUAUGCGCGCGCUGAACGCUCUAUUUUUACUCGCUAUUGCCACUCACGCCACAAGCACCGCCACCGUCGACAAAACCGCCACUGUGAGCACCCCCGGGACAGAAACGAAAAAGACUAAGGGAUUAGGAGGCAAAGCUUUGGACGGCAUAAAGAAAGCGGUGAGUGGCGAAAGUGGCGGAGCGGAGGAGGUCACCGUCACCAGCACUAAAACCACCCACGCAACGACCAAGAAAGCUUCACAGACCGCCACGGCAGUCAAGAGCGGGACAGAAAAGAAGACCACCAAUUCCGCAGGCAAGGUGAGCGCGCAUGUCCACGCGAAACCAGAGGCCACCAAGGUCACGGUGACCAAAAUGAAGGAGGAUGGAGACCCAGCAGUUUACCUAGAGGAGGAAAAUGAUUUCAUUGAGAAUGCCGAUCCAGCGACACAAGCCAAAUUAAUACAGCAGUACAAGGAACUGGAGGAUAUGGAUGAAGAAGUAGCGCAAGAUCUUUUGAGCACAAGCGAGAGAGCUUUGAAUAACGCCGGAACCACCGCUAGCGAGAACUUAGGGGAGCAGCAGUAUCUGAGAGGAGUUGCGCGAGCUGCUAAGGACUUGGCAGAUAAUGAAUACGACCGGGAUCUUGACGAAACGGCGGAUAGUGAAGAGAUUGUUCCUGACGACUUGAUGGGUUCGCAGCGGUCGCAGUUAAUGCAAAUCGAUGAACACAAUGGUAACGAACUGAUGCCGAAGUUCCUCACAAACAUGUUUAAUAAGCUCCGAGGCAAGUCCACAACUACGAGCGCAGCUACGGGUUCGACAGUCCAAAGCUUGCCGGCAACUUCGAGCUCGACUUCGACUACGACUGACGGAGCUUACACAUUCACCCCUCAUGCGCCUUCCUCCUCGGGGAGUACCGUUGACGCGAUUUUGUCAUCCUCGGCAUUUGUAGAUACUGACGACGAUGACGAUACCACCACGGAAGAGGUGGAGGUGAGCGAGAAAGACUCGGGGGAUGGCGCGGAUGUGGUGACAGCUAAGAAAUAG